UGAAGAUAAAAUAAUCGUGUACAAGGCAGAAACCAGUCCCUCCACGACUAUGUUAACGGCGAUAAAAAAUGGAAUAAUUACGUGUUACACAAGGGAAGAGAAGACAACUCACCCAGUGUUGUUGCACUUUGCCUUAGGAUUGUCGGCCAUUAUACUUGGCGUUUUCGUGGAUUGUUCACUGCUUCUUUUGGAGGAGUUUCAUCAUUUGAGAAGUCGUUAUAACGGAAACGGAAACAAAUUGUUGCGAGCUUGUUUCAGUGGGAUCUCGUGGACUGCAGUCGCUAUUGCUGUUGUUGUUGUUGUAAUAACACUUGGAUUUACAUUUAGGACUGCAACGUAUGAACUAACAUAUCUGGUCAUCGUAAUCGGGCUGUGUCCCGUUGUGACACAUUUGAUGAUUCUUCCCACAAAAUCCGAGGUUUAUGUUUCAACAGUCCUUGAAGAAAAAGAGUCUUAUGUCGGCCAGUCGCUUGCGUGGUCCUACUAUUUUAACUAUCUAGAUAAAGCUGUGUCGGCAUUCAAGGGACUAGCACAAGAUCAAGGUGAACAUGUGUGCCUAAGUUUAAAUAAAUUGAUCGUGCUCAUAUCAAAUGAUGGUACAACAAGAGAUCUACAAUAUUUGGAUGGUAAAAUAAAAAACCUGGGGGAGAUUUCCGUAGACCAAUACCAAUUCCCCGUUUAUAGAUUAAAAUAUCGGAACGGUACGGAAUACACAUGUUCUAUAAUAUAUGCGAAGCAGCCCUUGGAAGCUUUAUAUCAGAUGAAUCAAUAUGAGAGGUGUAAAGCAUUGCAAAAGAGGGAACUCGAACACCAAGUGACAUUUUUCUACAAAACACUAUCCGAGAUUUUAAAGGAUCCGUUUGAUGUAGAAUACAGAGAUAAGUGCAUUCUCGUACCAAUAAACGUAAAAUGUCUCGCAAAAAAUGGAAGUCUAGUUGAAGUCAUAAUGCAAAAGGUCAUGUCAUGCGACUUUAAAAUUGAUCUGGAAGAAAAUGUAAGUGAAUAUGAAGGCAUUAUGAGCCGUAAAGGGAAAGGCCCCCGAAUAGUUAAAGCAGCUAAAGAUAUUAAGAAUAGGAGACAAGUUUCCUUAGAAACAGGCUUCCAAGAAGACAAAGUAUGUGAACUUGAGUAUAAAAGCGACAAUUCUAAAGGAAUGACCGGACAUGAAGCUAAAUUAGUUGAACAUGAAUAUGGUAGCGAAGAAUCCCUAAAAAUCGGCCGUCAUAAAUUUGAAUUCGACGAAAACAAAAAAGCAGUAAAGAAGCAUCCCGAAGAAGCCAAAUCUCUGUUUUCUUCAGGUGUAAUAGUAUCAUCAUGAAAUGAAUGAUAUAUUCAUAAUUGCAUUAUCUAAAUAAUCACAGCAUUAAUCAAUGACACUGAAGGCCUAUAUCCAACAUAACUCAGCAUGAACAACUGCCUAAAAUAGACAAAAACACUCCUCAACGUUUCGA